AUGGGUAUCCUGCCGCCGCUCAAUGAAAACGAAUGGCAGAUCGCCUUUGACAAAUAUAAGCAAAUUGCUCAAUACCAGUACCUGAAUGCACAUUUUGAACUCAGCGAUUUCAAGCAGAUUUUUAUGUGGGAAUGGCUGCAUCGUGAAUGGGCGCGGGUGGUGCUUUCCUUCGUUUUUAUCAUAGGGUUCAUCUACUUUUUUGUGAAGAACUAUUUUGACAAAAAAAUGGUCUUCCCUUUUGUUAUUCUAUUCAUUCUGGGAGGAUUACAAGGUGCAAUCGGUUGGAUUAUGGUGAAGAGCGGGCUCAAUGAUACCGAUCUUUACGUAAGUCAUAUCCGCCUGGCCGUCCAUUUUAUGGCUGCACUGGUACUGCUUUGUUAUACGCUUUGGUUUGCGUUGAUGUUACUGGUGCCUGCUGAAAAAAGGAUUUACAACAAAAACUUUUUCCUGUUUACAAUGAUCACCAUCGGACUGCUGGCGAUACAAUUGACCUACGGGGCCUUUAUGGCGGGCUUAAAAGCGGCCACAACAGCGCCCUCCUGGCCUUCUGUAAACGGGCAGUGGUUACCCGGUGAUUUUCAUACUUAUGGCAACCAGACUUACCAGGGAAUUACCCAAUACCUCUCACACCCGAUAGCCGUUCAUUUCAUGCAUCGUACCCUUGCCUAUGUGCUUACAGGGCUGAUCAUUUCCUGGUAUUUAGUGGCUGGUAAAUAUGCCCGCAGACAACGUGGAUCCCUGGUCGGGAGCGCCCGUAAAUGGCCGUUAAUACUGGUGAUUCUGCAAGUGAUCCUCGGUGUGCUGACCGUUCUGAAUGCAACCAAUACUAUGGCAGGGCAUUUCGGUACGUUUGAGUACCUGGCAGAAGCGCAUCAGCUGGUAGCAAUGUUCCUGCUGGUAGCUAUGGUGGUGAAUCUCUAUGGUAUCAGGAAUAAGGCUGGUGCCUAA